GAGGCGUUGCCCGCGUGCCGUUUGGCGUCUUGCGCGUCACGUGCUGCCUGCUUCGUCAAGCUUUCUGUAGCCUAGGAGUUGAAGAAGCCUAGUAACAACAAAAACAAAAAGCACUGCACACUGUCACAGUUCACAGAAGCCCGACGGUCGGGAUUCACUCGGUACCUUCACUGACGAGAUGGCGGAGAGCCUACCUACCGUAUCGGCGACACAGUAACCUCCAAUGAUCCUCCGCUCUGCCAGUCGAGCUCUUUCCUCUCGUGCGACCCUCCAACGCGUCGACGUGUCGGACUCACUCAAGAGAGAUUCUUGGAUCGAAUCCAGCAUGCCACGUCGGAUGGGACCCUCCGACCGUUCCGAGCGCCGCGUCGGGCCCGUUAUUGUACCGAGGCGCCAUGCCACGUCAGAGCGAGCUCUUCCGAGAAAUGGCGCAGGAAGACACUCCAGCAGACAUCACGGUACUCGGGGUGGAUAUUCGAGGCGCCUAAAGAAUCGCAAAAAGCCAGCAUGAUGCCACUCAUUUCCAGAUGGCAUCAAGAGUACUCCGGGCAAUUCCGGAUUGGCCCGUUCGUCGCGACACCUGGCGCCUUCUCGCGGUCAUUCCAGCAUGCUGCUGGUCAGCAGCGAUAGACUCCACGCCUACCUUGCGGCCUCUCUCGUUCAGAGGCGCCUCGAAACCAGUCUCCGCGCCCUCUCGCGCCCUCUCUCGCAGCCAGCCGUGCUACGAAGCCGAGAGCCGCCGCCAGAAUGUGCUGCUGCUGUGCUGGGAUUCUUUCAUGCGCCACUGGCCCAUGCUUUGAGUCGACUCAGAACGACAUUACUACCACUCGGAUUCUUUCGUGUGCCACGAGCCCAUCGUCGAUGAGAUCGACGAGCGCAAUCGCUUCUUCACGAGCUUCGCUUCUUCACGAGCUUCGCUUCUUCACGAGCUUCGCUUCUUCACGAGCUUCGCUUUAUCUUCAGACGACCAGCGACUCGGACUCGAGUCUUUUUCUUUCUUAAGAUUCUCAACUGCGGUGCACGUGGGACCAGCAACCCACCGACCCUGCGACCCAGCAAACCAGCAAACCAGCGACCCAGAAACCUAGCAACCCAGCGACCGGAACUGAAUGGCGCCGGUGAUACUUAGAGCUCUCCUCUUCUCCCUCGUGGCAGCAGCGCUCGUCUCUCCAUGCGCCUCCCAGCUACCAUCCGACUGGUUCCUGCCGUGGCCCGGCCGCCUCAAAUGCACUCUAGCAGCGAGUCUGAGCGGGCGGCAGGUGAUGACGGGCAGGAAGGGCGAUCUGCGCGCCACUGGCUCAGCCACCAUCUCUGCCUUUGCGUUUCGCUCCCAUGUGCAUGUGAAGGUGCACAUUCGCGUGAACAAUCUCACCGAGCCCUCAGAGCCACUCACUCAGAGCAUCCACCGCGGGUGGCGCUGGCAGAACGGGGCCAAUGUGUGGGACGUGGACGGCAUGUGGGUGCGCAAAAAGGGCGGCUUAGAGCAAGACAUGUGGUUCAAAAACGCCAAGACGCUGGUACUGCGCAAGUAUGGGUCGGUGUAUGGGCUGCUCAGGUGGAUGAGUGUUAUGCCGGGUUUGUUUUAUCUGAAUGUGAAUACGCAGAUGUUUCCUUAUGGGGCACUUAGAGGGCAGCUUGUGCCCAUGGUUCCAUGCUUCAGCCCCAGGGCUGACUUUAUCAGACUAUUUACUCUGAUUACCCCCUGUAAUAGAGUGGUUCAGAACGAGGAUGUAUGGAUGGACGGUUGAUUCAGCUUCUGGACUAUAGGCUUGCUUUGCAAGUAUUAGAUGGAAUCCUAGCAAC